AAAACAGUGAAUUGGCAGAUGAAACAACGAGCAAAAUAACAAACGUGCAGUUUUUUAAUCCAGCGCAGCAAUUUUAUUCUGCCUAUUUCACUACUUAAAAAUGCUUAAUGUGACAAAUCUUUAGGAAAAUCGCAGGUUAUUACAAACUGAAGCCCGCCAAUAGAAGCAGGAUUUCGCGAUUUAGAAGUUGUAUAGCAUUACGCAGCGUUGGAACGACGGUGAAAGAUGAAAAUCGCGGAUGUGCUCCGCCGGUUGGAUGCAUAUCCACGUACACUUGAGGAUUUUAGCGUUCGCACCGUGAGUGGUGCGGCAGUUACUUUAAUCAGCACCACAAUCAUAGUUAUACUGAUUUUCCUUGAAUGUGUUGCAUAUAUGCGCCCGAAUCUCAAUGAAGAGCUGUUUGUAGACACUACACGCAAUCACAAGCUGCGCAUCAAUUUGGAUCUAACAAUACACAAUUUAGCGUGUAGUUAUGUGUCAUUAGACGCAAUGGACUCUUCAGGUGACCAACAUCUGCGUGUUGAUCAUGAUAUAUUCAAGCAUCGUUUGGAUUUACAGGGUAAUCCCUUGAAAGAAACCGAGCCAAUAAAAGAAAUUGUUGCUGUAUCGCCCUCAAACAAAAAUGCCACUUGCGGUAGCUGCUAUGGUGCUGAAUAUAAUAGCACACAGUGCUGCAACACCUGUGAAGAGGUUUUAGAUGCUUAUCGUCAACGCAAAUGGAAUGUGCAAUUGGAUAAAAUCGAGCAAUGUAAAGACCAAUUCAAGCACAGUGAUACAGAUGCGUUUAAGGAGGGCUGUCGAGUGCAGGGGCAUUUAGAAGUCAAUAGGAUGGCCGGUAGUUUUCACAUAGCGCCUGGCAACAGUUUCUCCAUACGCAAUUUUCAUAUACAUGACUUCCAAUUUACCGACGUGAAACUGGACCACACAAUUAACCACUUGUCCUUUGGCGACAAAAUUGAGUUCGCAAAGACACAUCCGCUCGAUGGACUGCACGUUAAGUCAGAUAAAUCUGUGAAAAGUGAAAUGUACAAUUACUAUUUAAAAAUUGUGCCUACCAUGUAUGUGAAAGCCUACAGCCCGCCCAUACACACCAAUCAGUUUUCGGUGACGCGAUACAAAAAAGACUUGUCCAACAAGGAGCGUGGUAUGCCAGGUAUAUUCUUCAGUUAUGAACUAUCGCCACUGAUGGUGAAGUACGAGGAGAAGCAAAGGUCCUUUGGUCACUUUGCAACAAAUUGUUGUUCCAUAAUUGGUGGCGUUUUUACAGUUGCCGGAAUCAUUGCAGUCUUCCUGAAUAAUUCAUUAGAAGCACUGCAACGAAAAUUGGAAAUAGGCAAACUGAGUUAA